AUGUCAUCUGCUCUAUACAAACAAAACACAAAUUUUACUCAUUCCACCGGUUCCUUCUUGCAAAGCGCACCUGUUGAAUUGACGACAGUUGGCGGAUACCAGGAAUUUUUGAAAAAGCAAGAGAAGAAAAACUACGAAAUUCAAACAGUCUUAAGCGAGGAUAAAUCACAUGGUUAUGUGCUAAAGGACGGUGAAGUUAUUGCUAAUAUUAUUGGUGAGGCUAAAGAUUAUCUUUUGGAUUUGGCCGGCCAGGCUUGA